UUUUUUGGAUCCGAUCCGACAAACUGGAAUGUUUUGUGUACGUUGGAUACGUACAGAUGUGGCUGAACUUCGAACUCGAUAGAAAUUUGACAUUUUAUAGAAGACAAGUAUAAAAUUGGUAUCUAGGUUGUUAAAAAUUGGAAGCAUAUAACUAUUGGACCAUGUCUGAUUCAGAAGAUGAAGCGAGGGACAGGGGGAAACAACUGAAAAUCGUUAUUGUUGGUGAUGGGGCAUCUGGAAAGACAUCUCUUGCAACGCGUUACUCUCAGGAGCAAUUUGGUAAACAGUAUCAACAAACCGUGGGUCUGGACUUCUUUCUCAAGAGAGUAUGCAUUGGAGAGAACUCUCACGUUUCAUUGCAAGUCUGGGAUAUCGGAGGACAGACGCUAGGAGGGAAGAUGCUUGAAAACUAUUUGUACGGAGCUCAUGGAGUAUUAAUGGUAUAUGACAUCACAAACUACAGCAGCUUUGAGAACAUAGAAGAUUGGUAUCAGAAGCUUAAAGAUGUUCUCAAGGAUGCAGACAAGUUCCCACAUGUUGCUCUCGUGGGGAAUAAAGCUGAUUUGGAGCAUAUGAGGACAGUGAAGGCUGAGAAACAUCAAAAGUUAUGUCAAGAACACAAUCUAUCUAGCCAUUUUGUCUCUGCAAAGACGGGUGAUUCGGUGAAUUUAUGUUUCCAGAAAAUAGCUGCUGAUAUACUAGGGAUCAAACUCACUAAAGCUGAAAUCCAAAACAACACUCGAGUUGUCAAAGCUGAAGUACUCAAAUCAAGAGAGGAGCCUGUACCAAGACCGAUGUCAUCACACACGCGGAGUUCAAUGUGUUCUGUCAUGUGACAUUGUCAUGUGACACUGUAUUUAAUAAACUCUCGAGCUAAGAGAAUACAUGCAUUUUGAGAGCAAUGAAGGUCUUUGAUCGUUCUUUUAUGAAGAAUGAUCGGCAAUGGCUUACUGCUGUCUUGCAUCCGACCAUUACAUAAGGGGCGCCCUCUUGUGAGAUGAUGGAAAGAUGUUGGCUUGUCGUUACCAUGUUCUCAAGAUCGACAAGGAUCUCAUCUUCAUCGUUUAUUUAUUAUUUUCUACCCAUGAUUUGAUCAGCGUUUCAAUCACUGCCUUACAUGAAGGUCUUAAUUAUCUCAGUCAUGAGGUCCAUCUCAUUUUCAUCGUCAGUGAAGUGAUGUCAUACUUGAAGACAAGCUUGUCCAUUGAGCAACUUCAAUUUCAGUGAACAGUACAUCAGCCUGUUGACUACUGAAUCAUGGAAUUCCUAUUGGAUUUGGACGGGGAUCGCCCACUUCCAUUAGACAAUAGGUUAACUAGUUUAAUACGUGAAAUGGAUGAUGUUUUUGUUCUCAUGUUGAACCUUAUUUCAGUCAAUUGCAGACCUUUAGGAGUCUUGGCUCAGAUAUCUCUAUGAAAUGAGAAGCUCAAAGCGACUUUGUAUAUUGAUAUCAGUAUCAUCUUGGAAUCGUUACAGCUAGCUCACAAAUAAGCACUUUGUCAGUGACAUAUUGGCUCCAAUUCACAAAGGUGGUUCUAAAACCCAUGGUUGAGUCCAUGGUUUAUGCAGAUUUCCUGUAAAAAGUACGCUUAA